UUUCAGGGUUAAGCGAUCAUAUUGCAUGGUUUGGUUUUGAAAAAUAUUUAGAACCACAUUAUUUUAUCUUUGUGGUUUGCAUAAAUCGUUCUUUAUAUCUGCAUUUAGCUAUUAAAUUGCUCCACGACGUGUGGUGGAAAUAGUACUGUGCAGGCCGCGUGGUCUUUUUUUCAUUUCACAAUAGUAACAGUUUUUAUUUGGUUUUACUAAUUCUAUACCGACAUUACUGUGUGUACCCUGUACCGAUGAGCCGAUAAUUUAUGCACCGUGCACAUCUGCAGAGAAGGGCCUACUUUGGAGUAGUAGAUAAGAUGUACCCGAUCUCAUCUGUGAUUCUCCUCAGUGAGGAUCGAGGCGGUCCAGCAUGGGAAGAGUUCCAUAUGUACAUGUAGCUUACCGUCAACACUUUAUGCCCCCAUGAGACUUGUCUGAAAAAAACCCAAGUGUUUUCUUAGUAAAUGCUUCAGAAUUUUCUAAGUUAAUUUUCACUUUUCAGAACCUGUUGUCACUUUUUUUUAUCUAUAUACGGAACUCUUUCCCUGUGUGGAUACUUGGAGAUUCUUAUAAAUGGAGGCGUAUUAACUUCUGUCAUGUCUGUGGUGCGGCACCUGGAGCCAUUCGAAGAGCGUGGAAGCAGUGGGACCCUGGAUGUGGUGACCACUGGAGUUGAAGUGGGUAAUGGAUACAAAACAGCUAGUGACUAUUGCCUGAAUCAGGGUGCUUCAUAUGAAAAUCCACAGGUGCUCUAGUAAUGGGUGUCAGAUCAUUUUGUGCGACACUACCCUCUGUGCAAAAAACUAUAUAAUGGAACUGUUGUGCUGCCGACAUUCCAUUCGACUUUGGCUUUGCCUUCUGUUGUGUUGAUACGAGGGGAGUAUAGCAGCAAUGUCUGGCUCAAAGAUACCCAAAGCUGCCCCUAGGGGUGGUAAGGCAAUGUACGUCCCUGGCGCGUCUCCGGAGGCACAGAAUGCCAACCUCCGCGUGGUCGUGGAGGAGUUGCGAGCCCACAUUGGCCACCUGAAGAAGGAAUUGGAGGCAGAGAAGGGUCAUAUUAAGGAGCUGAAGCGGGAGAAACUGGCAGAGGUCAAGAUCGUCCGGGACCAGGAGCAGCAGAAGGCCACCCACUCGCUGAGCGAGCUGAGAUCCAAGCUUAGCCACGAGAAGCAGCGGGAGCUGGCUGGCCUGCGGGAAUCACUCACCAAGCAACACGACCAGGAGAUCAACCGCUUGCUCAAGCAGCGGCAGGAGCUGCUGGCCCGCACCCAGGGUGAGGCCCAACGGGAGCGGGAGACCCACUACCUUAAGGUCAAGCAGCAGGUGUGGGCUGAAGCCAAGGAAGAGGUCAAGCGGACCUUCGAGAUGGACAAGGGCAAGCUCCUGGCCGAGAUUGACGAGCUGAGGCGGGGCAAGCGCAGGCUGGAGGAAGAGCUGAAUGAUGCGGUGGCCGGGGACCGACAGCGGGCAGCAGACUUGAGGAGACAGUGGGGGGAGCAUCAGCGAGAGAUGGAACAGCUUAAGAAGGAUGCCCGGAGGGAUAUACAGAGGCUGAUGGAGGAGCUCAAGUCCAAGGACCGUAUCAUAUGGGAGCUGGAGAAGGAGCUGGGCCACAAGACUGGCUACUCUCAGCGGCUACAGUUGGAGAAGGAGUCUCUGAGCACCCAGUUGAACCUGAGCAAGAUGGCUGAGUCGUGGGACCAGCGCUCCUCCUCCUCGUUGUCGGCCGCCCAGGAGUCCCCGCCCUCUGGCCUGGGGAGUCACUCAGGCAUGAUGGGUGGAAACGAUGAGGAAGACAAGAAGUUGCACAGAAAAAUUGUCGACCUGAACGCAGCCCUUAGGAAACUGGAGGACAGGAACAAACAACUCGUUGAGGACAAGGCAGACCUGGAAAGGAAAAUUCGAACUUCUACCGAGGCAAGAAACACCACGCCACUCAUCGAAAAGAACAAACGUUUGGUACGGAAGAUAAAAGACCUUGAAGGAUCUAAGAAGAAGGUAGACGAGCGGAACAAGGCACUGACAGAAGAAAAUCAGAAGCUGCGUUCACUGAAAGAGAACAUGCGCUGCCGUCUCGAGCGGGAGAACCAGAGCCUGCGCAAGGUGCUGAGUAAGGAACGGAUGCAUGCCCAGCGGGGGACCAAUGCCAGGCUGGGCAGCGAGGCAGAAGCGGCAGCUGACAGGGAGGAAGAGCUGCGGAAGCUGAGGGUGGAGGUCCAGGAGCAGUUCCUAGAGAUCGUGGAACUCAAGCAAGCUGCCUUGGAACAAGAGCGGUUGACCAAGGCCACACCUGACCACACCCCAUCCCGACUUCCUGUGCCCAUCUCCCGGCCUAGGUCAUCAAGCCUGACCCCCUUCAGCUUAGAGGAGGACAUGGGCAUGAGGAGCCGCUCUGGCUCACUGGAUACCUCCAUACUUUCGCCACUGGUGCUGUCUGAUAGCGAGGAUGGGCCAGAGGAGGACUUGAGCGAAGAACAUCUCUCCACAAGACAACCGGGUGAAGACACUAAGACGAGGGACGGUAAACAACUACCACAAAGACAGUGCAAUAAGAAGCUGGUCCAGCAGAACAAAGAGCUGGAGGAGAAAUGCAGCAAGCUGGAGUGGAUGUUGCAGGACAGCAAAGACCAGAAUGAACUCCUGGAGUUUAGAAUUCUAGAGCUUGAAGAGCAGGAUUCAGUCAGUCCAGUUGCAAGCCCCUCCACAGACGAUGAAAACCAGAAAGCGAAAACACUAGAAGGCCACCUUCUGGAGAAAGACACUCAGUUACAGUCACUGCGGAAGGAAGUUGAAUGCCAGAGGGAGCGCAUACAGAUGAUGGAGGAAGAAAAGGAACAGGAGCUUUGUAGGUCACACAAACUGGCCAAUGAGGGUGAACUUGCACUACAGCAUCAACUACAAUUGGCAAAGAUGAGGGUAUCAGACUUAGAGCGAACUGAGGCCCACCUUCGCUCCCACAUCCAGGAGCUGGAGGACCAGCUGGGCCAGCUGCAGGGGGACAUCCACCUAGGUCUGGCUGAGAGGAAUCAGGAGAAAGAAGAUCUGGAGGCAGAGAUUGCAUUCUUGAAAGAGACUUUUGAGGGACUGGCCAAAGAGAGAGAUGACGUAGUCGAGAGACUGAGGAGUCUUGAAGGACGUCAAGAAGCCUUGCUCGAGGAAGAGGAGAAACUUCAGAAAAAGCUGAAGAAGAAAGAGCAAGCUGAGGCAAAUUUCAAGAAGCACAUUGAAGACCUGAGUACACAGCUGUCAGGGAUACAAGAGGUGAAGCCACAACUUGACAGGGGUAGCGAUACCAACGAAAGCAAUAACAAGGCCACAAUGGAGACCUCGCAAGAUGUGAAUGCCCUACAGCAGAGAGUGCAGCAGCUGGAACUUGAGAAGGAGUAUCUCGAGGCUAAGUUGAGAGAUGUGGAGGAGCUGGUACUCAUCAGUGACUUUGCAAACGAGGAAUCAUUGAGGGAGAAGAUCGCCGAGUUAGAACAGUCGAACAAGCUGCUGUCAAGACAACUGAAGCAGAGUCAGGCAUCUGAUGUAGACAGUAGAGAGGUUGUAGAGAAGGUUGCAGCUGAUGCGAGAGACAGGGAGAAGGCACUCCAGAGCAGUAUCCAGGAGCUGCAGCAUUCAGAGCAGAGCUUGCUGGACAGGGUUUCCCAACUGGAAGAACAGGAUAACACGUGGAGCACAAAAGUAGAAUCUCUUCAAGACAGGAUCCAUGACUUGGAAGAGCUGAGACUACAACUGAAGGGAAAGCUGGAUGAGGCUGAGGAGCGUAUUGAGGAGCUGCAGGUGGCUGAGAAGUUUGCCCGAGAUGAGCUGAGUGCCUCCCAUGGGGCAUCUUCUUUCCUAGGGGAAAGUUUGGGACUGAUAGGAGAGCUUGCAUCACUGGCUCAGGAAGAGUACGUCGAGGAUGAAGAAGAGGAUGCAGAUCAAAGAGGGGCAGAUCAAGAGCCAAAUAAAGAUGAUCACAUUGCAGAACUGGAGAAGUCUGAGACAGAGCUCAUGGAAAAGGUACAAGCACUAGAACAAGCUAAUGCGGAGCUGGGCGACCUGUGCCAAGACCUUAGGAGCCAGGCAUUUGAAUGUGCCGAAGAAAAUGAGAGUCUCAAACAAAAAAUUCAGGAACUUGAGGAAUUACAAACACAGAUUCCCGAAAUGGUCAGGGUCCUUGAAGAAGCAGAAGAGGAAAAAAUAACAUUAAAAGAAAUAGUAAAGCAGCUGGAGGCAGAUAUAGGAAAUCAAGCACAUGAAGGAAGUAGUAAAAGCUUACGUGUGGAUUCAAAUGAUGUGGAGAAAAAGGAGAAUACGAAAGAAUUACAACAUGAGCUUGGAGCUGUCAAGGAGGAAAACUUGGAUCUAACAGAAAGGCCAGCUGAUGAGCACAGAAAACUACAUGAACUAGAAAGGGGAAACGAACAACUGGAAGAACAACUCCAGGCCAGGAAUGAUCAAAGCCAUGUUGUAACCACUGGAAGACACGACAGUGUUGAAGAGCUUCACCGGGAACUUAUGCAGAGCAAGUCUGAGAAAGCUCAACUUGAAGAACAGUUGCAGACAGAAUGCAAGGAGCUGAAAAGUGUAAUUGAUGAUCUGCAGGCUAGUAAAGAGAGUCUGCAACAGCAGCUGGACUCCACAGAAUAUGAACUCACCCGUUUGGAGGAGUUGUCAUCUGAGUUACAUGCAGAACUAGAACACAGAAUUGAAGACUUGGAGAGAGAGAAAGAAGAGCUUGAGAAGCGUCUUGGAGAAGCAUGUUCCAGUUUACCAGACUCUGAGAAUUUCCAGCAGGAACAGAAACGAUUUGAGGAAGAAAACCAAAUGCUCAUUUUGAAGCUUGCAUCAGCAGAAGAGAUGUGUGGCAAACUUCAAGAACAAGUCAAUCUCAUUGAGAAAGAGCUGCAAGGCCAAAAGUCAGAACUGAAAGUGGCUAGAAAGGAUUCAAUGAGGAAAUCCCUUGAGUGUGAUGACUCAACUCGGGAGCUUGCUGACAUCAAGAAGAGACUCAAGGAAUUGGAGGAUGUAGAGUCACAGUUUUUCGACCAGACAGUGGUGCUAGCCAAAGUGGAAAGGGAAAAUGAGAAUAUGAAAAAGCAAAUGGAAGAAGCACAAGAUAAAGCAAGCUCACUGAGUGGCCAACUAGAUGAAAAAAGUCAGGAGCUUAAUGAGCUCAGAGAAACCAUGAAAGAGUUGGAGGAGGCUAAGGAGACCCUUCAAGACAAAUUUGAUGUUGAGGCAGAACUUCUUGAGGAGUCCUCUGAAGAACUGCAGUUGGUACAAAAUGAGCUCCAAACUGCCAAAGAGGAGUUACUCUUGCGGAGGGAGAAACAAGAAAAAGCAGGGGAAAGAGUCCAUGAGUUAGAAAGACAGUUGAGUAGGUUAGGAGAGCUUGAAACUGAAAACCAAAAACUACAAUCUGCUUCCAGUGCUUUAACAGUAGUCGGUGUAGGUGGACAUCCAGAUAGCAAAGAAUCCCUGAAGCAGAGGGUUACAGACCUGACAGAACGGGAAAGAGAACUCCAACAGAAAAUAACUGAAAUGGAGGAAAGACAACUUGCUUAUGAGGAGACUGUCGCUCAGGCAGACCUAGUUGUGUCUGAAACACACCAAAAACUUAGUGAACAAAAUGAGCUACUAGAAACAAAAGAACAAGAGCUACAGGACGUGAGGAGUCAACUGGAAUAUAACAAGAAUGAAACUUCCCACAAGUUGCAGUUACUGGAAGAUACUUCCCAUGAACUGGAUAGGAAGAAUCAGCAACUGGAAAUUGGAGAGGAAAAACUGAAAGGCCUGAUGAAUUCUUUGAAGGUGUAUGAGGAAAAAUGUCAGCUGCAGGAGGAAAAACUCCACGAGUUGGAGAAAGAGGAAAUGAAGUUGAUAGCUAAAUUAGAAUCAUUGCAGAAAUCAGAUCAGUCAGUUGGAAAGGACACACUAAAAUCAGGUAUUGAGACGACCACUGUGGGAACACAAGAAGUGGCAAGUGCACCCAAGAGUUCCAUGGACCCUAUCCUGCUGGUAGAAAAGAUCCGAGCUAUGACAGAAAAUGAAAAAGCCCUUCAAGAAAGCAUUGAGGAGUUCCAGGAUAGACAGGCUGCUUUUGAGGAAACCCUGGCCCAAGCAGACAUUAUUUUGACAGAGACAAACCAGAAGUUGCAAGAAAAAACUGAACUUUAUGAAAUCCAAGAAAGUGCACUGUUUGAACUAAGGGAGAAUGUAGCCCGUCUUAAGGAAGAAAAUGUGACAUUAGAGGCAAAUGUUACAGCUGCUGUAGAUCUGGAAACAAAGUCCCAGCAGCUGGAAGAGACCUUUCAAGAGCUGAAAGUAAAGAAUGACAAGAUCAGGAAGCUGACAGGGGACCUUGAAAUGCUAACCCAAGAUCUGGAGUCAUCUCAAAACAGCUGCAAAGAUCUGGAAAACAGACUCCAAGAAAUUGAGCAAUCUGAAAAUGAAAGAAAAACUUCAGCUCUGGAACAGCAAUCUGUUGCAUCCCUGCAAAAGAGGAUCGUAGACAUGACAGCCCACGAGGAAGCUUUGCAACAGAGGAUCAGUGAACUAGAGGAAAGGCAGGCUGCCUUUGAGGAGACUCUGGCCCAAGCUGAUGUCAUAAUGACAGAGAGGGAGUCUGGACUCCGGGAACAAAUCAGCGAGCUUCAGAGCUCUCACUCAGACUUACAGGAGAAACUCAGGCGAGUGAGUGAAGCUGAGAAGCAGGGUCUCACAAGUCUAAGCUCAGAUGAGGACGAUGACAAAAACACACAGUAUUUAUCAGCAUUUUCACCAGAUGCUAAGACAGAUGAUUUGGAAGUUCAGAGAAAAGUAUCUCGCUUGGAAGGAGAUAUUGAGAGGCUCAAAUACUCAGAACGAGAGCUACAACAAGUUGUCAAGAAUUACAAAACUAUGGAAGAGUCUCUGAAAUCAGUCAAUGGUGACUUGCAAGAGCAACUAAAUCUUGCAAGAGACAAGAUCAAGCAAUUAGAGAAUGCUCUUAAAGUACAGGGUCCAGAUAAUGAUCUGCAGGCUCAGCUGGAGGAGUUGAAAGCAGGAGUGGUAAUGCAUGAGGAAACUAAUCAGCGGCUGAAAGAGGAAAUCAAGAUCUUGAAGGAAACCAUAUCUGAUUUGCAGGACCAGUUACUCCAGUCACCCUAUCAGCAAAUAUCUGAAGAUGGCUUUCUCAAAUCAGGAGCCUCGGUGGAUGAGGAUGAGCUUGUAAGGCCUCAGAUUGUUAUCGCAGAGGAAGCACAAGUGCCAACAGAGGCAGGCUUGACACAGCUCUCCCCUCAAGCCACUCUGGAUCCCAAAGACACCAUUAAAAGACUUGAGCAGGAAAUUUAUGAGGCAAAGGACCAGCUUAAAGAGGCAAAGGCUGCUGAAGAUUCUUUAAAGGCUACUGUAGCUGACAGAGAAGUGGCUUUUGAAAGACUAGAAAAGGCUAACAAAAGUCUUCAGGAUGACAUGGACAUCACUACUUCACGGAUAGAGGAGCUUGAGCAACAACUAAAUCAGAUUUCCCAUAGCAACAAUGAUUCUAUUCCUGUAGGAUCUGAAGUUCAGUCAGAGCAGCAUGUUCAAGAGCUUGAAGAGAAAAUCAAAGACUUGAGGAAGAAACUCAAAGCUUCUGAGAUGGAAAACUCAGAGCUACAAUGUGGCUUUGAGCUCAGUGCACAAAACAGAGUGAAGGCGAGCAAAGAACCGGAACACUCUGAACAGCUCAAAGUGCAGGAACUUGAAAAGUCAAUAGAGUGGUUCAAACAGGAAAUGGCCAGUGCAAAUUCUGAGAGGGUCAAGACGACAAAUCGCUUGACUGAGAUUGUCCAGUACAACCGAGAGAUCAAGAAGGACUUGAGGGAGCUGGAGGAAGCCGAGAAGAUUUUGAAGAUGGACAAUGGUCGCCUGAAGCGGGAGAAGGAUGUUCUGAACAAGAAGUUGUCGACUUUGGGUAUCUCUGGGGAAGACUUGCUGAAAGAAAUGAUAAGUCAAGAAAAAGAAGAUGAUAAGAAGCAAGACAGAAAGCCCAAAGUGAAGUUUGGCAACGAGCAAUCAUCAAGUAUUAUUAAUAAGGGCAGUCAGACCGGUGCCCUGACCUACAUCCCCAAUGAAUGUCUCCUGGCAACAGUCUUAAUUGAGGAGUUUGAGAUGACACUAAAGGAGUUCUUAGAGGCCCUGCCACAAGGCUGCAGCCCCACUGACCCUGUUCUCCUGAGGGAGGGCAAGAACUUCUUUGUUGAGUUCAACAAGCUCUUCAUCGGCAAAUGCAGGAAACCGAGAGCACGGCUGCUGCGGGGUCUCUCUAGGAAGCUCCCGGAAGUCAAACCACACCCACAGGGGGUCAAGCGGAAACCAAUUUACCCUUCCCUCCUGGGAGAGGAAUGUUCCAAGACGGAGGCAGGGAGUGGGGCCCAAAGCAACCUGAGGCCCUUAGAGGCUGCCAGCCCGACUACCAAGAGACGUAUGCUUGAUGAGUUUGUGGCUGCCCUGAGAGACUUACCCUGGAAGGCGCCACCCGAUGUUGACUGGAAUAAUGCCAACAUCUGGUACCCGGACGAUGAGAGAGAUGUAGAUGAAGAUUCCAUCGAUGCCGCUGAGGGCAGACAGUUGGAGGCAGUGGAUAUAAAAUGUGAGAAGCAGCUCUCUGUCGAGUCAGAGAUGUCUCCACCAGCCCCUCCAGAAUCACUUCCACCUGACAUGCCGGCAGCCCACAAGCGCACCAGUUCCAUGAGCUCAGACAGCCUGGCUGGAGACCCCCCACCCCUGCUGGGAGACUCCCCUCCACGCUGUGUGAUCAGAAAUGACUCCUUGGAAGUAGAAGAUAAAGAUGAUGAUAAGGAUGGCUUUAAUGGGCCGCCACCUCCACUACCUGCAUCGUCUCCCCCAUGGAAACCAGAUUCAAGCUCGCCGAGUUCUGGCCAGCAGAGAAGUUUCAUCAGUGGCUUCAGAAGGGAAUCUUCAGAGAAUCACAGUGAGACUGACAGUCUUGACCUCCCACCUCCACUUCCGAAAUUGUCUCCUCCUGGCAAGCCAAAUGCAGACUCACUUCAAAGUAACCAUGACAAGUGGAGGAGCUCUUUACCAUCUUACAGUAAUGGGCCUGACAGUCCUCAUCCCUUGACCCGCAAGAGCCAGAAUCACACUGUCAGCACUGAUUUAGACAGUGAUGCCUCAUCCACUGACACUCUGAUGGAACCCGAAGCCUACCAACAAGACCUUGCCAAAGGCUGUGACUCCAGUCCGAAAAGGGAUCACAGGGAUGACCCUCUCAGAGCAACUGCCCCCCACCGCCCAGCAUCCUUUGACAGUGGUCUGGACACGGUCUCCUCCAUCACGGAACAAGAGGUGGAAGCUAUCACAGCAGCGUCAGUGUUUGUGGGACCAGACCACUCCCUGAGGCUGCCCCGAGCCCCAGUGGCUAGUGAGGGAGUAGGAAACUCCCUGGCGAAGCCGGCAACUCCGAUGUGGCUGAAGCAGAUGAUGGAUUGGCAGACGGCAGAGAAGGAGAAGGAAGAGACUGACUUGGGACGACUCAAGACGAGCAUUGACACAAUGGAAAAACAGCUCCAGGAGAAAGAAGAACUUGUGAAAGAGUUGAGGCAGAGCGAAGAAAACCUCAGGAAGAAACUGCAAGACCAUGGUGACCUUCGACCUUUGAAAUUACAGCUUCAGACAAAAGAGAUCGACCUCCAGGACAAAGAGAGGCAGGUUGCUCUGCUGAAGUCAGAGGUCAAACAGAAGGAGAGAGAAAUCCACAGCCUCAAGACCAAGUCUGAGAGCGAGGAAUUGCACCAACCAGCAAUUAACAAAAAUCUGCUGAUGAGUAAGGCUGCUGAGAUCGGCAGACUAAAACUAAAGCUGGAGCGGAGCCAGGAAAGCCUGAAGGAGAAGGAGGAAGAACUCAAGAACAGGGAGGAAGAGGAGGCAAGAAUGAAAGAAGAGAUGGACAAGAGGGAGAGCGAGCUUUCCUCCAAGGAGAAAGCCCUUAAGAAGGAGUCUGAAAAACUGAGAAAUCUGCAGACAGCAUCGGAGGAGCAACAACAGCUCUCUGGCAGAAGCGCUGAUGAUGUGGAUGCGGUACAGCCAUGUGACACCUCAUCACAUGACCGAUCACCUGAUUCCAGACCACAAGAUACGACGGCACGUGAACUGCACCUUGCGAAUAUUCUGGAUGUUCUCACCAGAGAGAAUAAAGAACUGAGGGGCAGAGUUCAAAGGUUGGCAUCCAUGGAAGACAGAUGGGUAGAGCUACAACAGCAGCUGGCUGACAGUCGUCAUGGCAACCAGGACCAGGAAGCCUUGGAGCGAAAGCUCCACAUGGCUGAGGAGAUGCUGAGGGAGAAGACAAGUGAGGAACUCCGUCUUGGUGAAGACAAUGCUGCAUUGGAGGACCGCAUCCGACACUUGGAAGAACAGAGGAGAAGGAGGGAUGGGAUUGAAGCUGAUUACAGACGCAUUAAGGAACAGUUUGAUGACAUGGAGCACAAAAAGAAUGAAGCUGAGAUAUCAGUUGCCCCUCUAAAGGCCAAAAUCUCCUACUUGUUACGGAAAUGCAAGGAACGGGACGCUAUCAUACAGAGAUUGGCUGCUGAGCUAGAACAGUUCCGUCCUGACAGAAAUGAACAGCUAGUGUCUGAUAUCAGUGACUUGACAGCUGUGAGCCUCCCUGAUGACGAGUUCAGUGAACCUUUGGCAGGCAGGGGGAGGGAUGUGAGGGAUUUGGCCAGCAGAACCUCAAAAGAUCAUCAAGUUAGAGGAGGUGAGGCCAGACAAUGGCAAGUCAACAAAUUUAGCAAGAGUAUGAACGACAUCAGAGUGGAUGACUUGAGCGACGACGACGAACUUGGUCGUCUGUCGCCCACGAGAGGGCACUUGGGCCUGGAUCCCCUGAGCGGGAGUUUGGAUAAUUUGGGGCUAGGAGGGGAGGGGAUCUCUCUCCGGGAGCUGAUGAGGAGGACGGCAGGAAGUCGUGCCCGAUCCCACCUCACCCCUUCAAGAGGGGCGGACGAUUUGGAAGUGGACGUUCUCAGGUCCGCUUUGAGAGCCUCACCAACAAAGACCACGCCGGCAAGGAGACUUGGCAGAGAUGCCCACUCCUCAAGUGUGGCAAGGACAGCAACUUCCCUGCAAAGUAAUCGCCUCUCCCAUAAGACAAAUGAUACAAGUAGAGAUGGUGGACUGCUCCAUUCACCACACAGGGGCAGUCCCAGUCACACACAUCAACAGGAGCUAAUGGACCCUUGUAACCCAUCCCUGUCAGUGAAAUCACCCAUCUAUUCAAGUCAGCAGCAAGAGGACAUUAGGCAGCCUUACCUGUUAGGUAGUAAAAAUGGGGACAUGGACUCAUUUUCCCCUUCAGCAAAUGGCGUCCACUCAAGUCCUAAAGUAUUCUCUGGCCACACGAGCGCAUCGUCAAAUCUGAACAACAGUACUCCAUUCACGAGCGUUCCAUCCCCAGUUAUUGGUCUGCGCUUACAAUCUCAGCCAGAAGGGCACCAGACUACGGCUGCCCCACUAGGGCAAGCCUUUGCAGCCUCCUCUGCAGUGCACCCGGGAAACUUGAAGUUUGCGAAUGGGCACUCGAUUGCUACACCCAAAACUGCCAUAGCCCACAAUGGCUCGGCCUUUGGAUUGCUGACUGGCGGCAUUACAAGUUCAGACACCCUUGCUGCAAACUCGGGUACAGUUGGAGGCACAACUGGACGGCACCCUGUUCUCUUGGAUAGCAGGAUGCAGUCAAGAACACAGGCAUUACCACAUACCGGGCCGGGGUCAGCCAUGCAGCAUGAGGUGCAACAGAAUCCAAUCAGUAAUGUAGAAGGAGUCCAGACUGAGAAGGAUGUACAAGUAAAAUUCAGCCACAGUGCACCAAAUUCACAACCUGUAAACUCAGCUUCCAACACCGUUGGGUCUGCAGGAGUGCAUGAUGCGAUUGUUGGGCAAGCUGGACAUUUGGCCAAUGGGGAUGGCCAUCCAGUGAAUGGCGAUGCAAAAAAUGCCCAAUCAGUAGCAGGUGUGCCCAGUGAGAUCAGAGUGAUCCCAAACAGAUAUUCUUUUCAUGCUUCACUGUCUGGGACUGGCAUGCAGGCGCCUUCAAGUGGGACUCCAGGAUUGAUCCACCCUAACAGCUCUCGUCAUGAAGUUGAUGCCUUGGCAAUGCAUCCUGGGCAGAGCACAUUGCACUCUGGGACUGAGACAUCAUCACAACCCUCUACAUUGAGUACCCAGCAGCUUGCCGCUAGGGGUGGUAUGUCACUUCCCCGACGUGUUGGUAGCACUUUGCACCUUCAACCUGGGGUAGGUUCUUCCGGCCUUCACACACAUCCCAUGUCUACAAAAAUACAGGUACCCUUGACACUGAGUGACCAACAAAAGAGUGUUACAUCGCAGCUCCAACCUGGACUAAGUACCUCAGACGUUCAAGCUGUGGUAGAUUCCUCAACUCUGCACGUGCAUGCUAUGCCCACAGCAGCACAGCUACCCUCAACACUGAGUUCCCAACAAAUUAAUGGUGCGAGUGUCACAUCCCAUGGCCAGCUUAGAGUAAGUGCUUUAAACAUCCAACCCGAGGUGGGUUCUCCAACUCUCCAUGCAGGGAUCAAAGGCCCUGUUGCUAACUCAUUCACAGAAGGAGCGAGCAGAACGCCACAGCAUCAUGUGGUCAGCACUGCAGCAGUGCAUCCUGGGAAUAUUCCCUCCGGAUUUGUUUCUCAUGGGAGCGCAAGAGGUUCACGUCAUGGUGCCAACCCAUUACCGCAUCAGAGCAGGGUUCCAAGCGCACAUUCUAUCCAACAGCAGGGUCCAGAUUCCAGUGUACCAAAGGUCACUGCUGAAUCUCAUAAUGGCCACAUGGCCUCGUUACCUGGUAGUCAGCAUCCACCCUUGGUGCCCAUGCGCGGCAGCGGUCACAUGAUCCCACCAGUCUCAACUGCAAGUGCCCAUGCUCCCUUGGUGGAGAGCAACAACAUCUCUGCUCAGACACAAGUCGCUUCAGCUCUAUUGCACCCUUCCCAGCAUGCAACACUGUUCAAUAGUACAGCACCCCUAAAGCAGUUAGGCACUCCCUUGCAUCACCAGAAUGUGUUGCAAGGAAUUGACGAGCCUGACCAGCCUCCAUUGAAUCUUGGUGCUGUUAUGCCAUUGGUGAAUGGUCAAGGAGGUCAACAUUUGCCUUAUCAUGGAGUCGGGAGGACGCAUCAUGUCCAAGGCACCCUGCAGUCACCUCAUAGUCUCAGUGUGUCAAAGGUCGUAGGUCGCCACGGAGUUAUCUUGACGUGGCACCCUCCAGACCUGGAUGACCUAGGACAGAACAAUGGGCUGGAAAUUGUCGGUUACAAGAUCUUUGUCGAUGGUCAUCAGAAACAGCUUGUCACUAAUGCCUACCUCACUAAGGCUCUAGUGGAAGGAGUUAAUUUGUGCACUGUUCAGUCAUUUGGUAUCCAGACUGUCUCGGCCACAGGCCAGGCCUCCCCCAUCAUCACGGUGGGGUUUGAGGACCCAGGCGUCCUCUCGUCAUCAUUAUCAGACUCUGUAAGGACGAUGUCCUCGGUUGGCCGCGGUGCAGUCACGUCAGAUGGGUCCUCAGUCAUCAGCGAGGAGUUGCAAGAACGACUGUUCAUGGCAGUUUACAGCUACAACCCUGCUGAACACUCCCCGAAUCAUUACCCGACCUACGAGCUAGCCUUUGAAGAGGGAGACAUCAUCACUGUCUAUGGCACCAUCAGAUCUGAUGGAUUCUAUCAGGGAAAGGUGAGACGCAAGAGGGGUUUGGUCCCGUCCAACUUCAUUGAAGAGAUUUCAAUGUCUAGAUCACAUCUUAGUAAAAAAAAACACGGCCACUCAAAAUCACACAGGAAUGGGAUCGGGGACACACAUGGCCACCAAGACGCCGACAAACGAGGAACCACAGAGCGUGGCCGUACCCCCAACAAACUACCGAGCAAGAGCAGGGAGGAACACAAGCGACACGGCUCCUCAAACGUGUCUAGAAUCUAGGAGUGGUUACAAGUUGAAUCCGCACAAUUCAGAAUUCCCUGUUUUUUGUGGGGUUUAAUCAUUUAAUCACCGGAAUGCAAAGAGAAUUCUCCUUUUCAUUUCAUGAUUUUUUAAUUUGAAUAUUUAAAUUUGGAAAAAAAUAUUCGAAUAUUUGAUAAUCGAUGGAAUGUUCGGAUAGUUGUCACAGCCCUACAUGAAUCUUCAACAGGAGCAUGUUGCAGCUGUCAAUCAAAGAUGAUUGUGAUGUUGAAGCUGUAUGGGCAGUAUUAUUGCGAAAAAGAAGCUGCCUUGAAGAUCUGAGUCGAAUUUCGCUGUCUAGUGUAGUGUACACAAAGCCCCAUUGUUCUCAUACUUUCAAGGAUUUUUUGUUGAAAUGUGUACAGACUUCGCUCAGGCCAUUCACAGAUUUGUAUAUGAAUAGGGCCUUACAGCUCCAAAUGAGAAUAUGUGGGUGAAAGUUUUGAGAAAGAGCCUUGAGACAAAAUUUGAAACAUUCUAUAUUUAUUGUGCUUUUUUCCUCCAAAUUUGUUGACCGUUCUUUAUGUUUGGAUGCAACAUUUGUUAACAUUUCUCAGUUGGAGGAGAAUUGGUAUAAACAGUGCUGCUUGUACAUGUAUGUCGCAUUGUUUUAUCAGUGGUUCAAAACCUGCUCCAGCCAAUUUCUUCAUUCGUUUUAUAACUACAUGUAUUUUCUGUGCACCCAGUUACUUGCACUUUGUCAAAGGUUUUCACAUGAUGCAACAUUACAAGCCACAAGGCAUUUCAGGAAGUGUACUCUGUCCCUGGAGGCACGUGCGUUUUUGAACCUGGGUAUUUCUGUUGGCAAUUUCAAUUUUAUGUUGUGAGACUUCGAAGGCGAGCGCGUUUCUGCACACAUCUGUGUAAAUUGAACAUUGACCGUCAAAAACAUGUGACUGAAAAUCCUCUUCAAGAUUUUCCUUAGGUUAUGGAAUGGAAAAACCCCACCCUGAGUAGCCUCUGUGAUUUUUCUUAGCACAAAGGCAAUGAUCAGACUAGCCAUUAUUUCUUUUAGCCACAGGGAAUGCUUUCAGGGAAAAACAUGAGUAUAGAUAAAACAAUUGAAAAUGAACAUGACCUGCUGUGUGCAGACCAGUGAAUAGAAACCAACAGUCUUUCUGUGUGAGCGGUUGAUUGUUUAAAUCUCAGUUGGGACUGUUAAUGUUGAAUUUUCAGUUGGGCAGUCAAGUUAUAAACUUGAUGAUAUGAAGCAUUGUUGGUCCAUGGUAUAUUACAUUGAAAAGAAACAAAGGAAAAAUGUCUGUAAGAUAAUAAACAAGUGAUUUAUUCACCAAUUUUAAGCAUGGUCCGUCCAUUAUUCAAGCAAUAUAUUUAUCAAAAAGCCUGUAAGAUUUUGUAGUCAUAUUAAACUGUAUGUGCAUGCACCAGGUACCCUCCUGAAAUUUCAAAUAGGAAAACUGCCAAAUUCUGUCCAUAUUAAUAUGAUUUAUUUUGGAAACCCAAUAAACAGCUGUGCUAUCUAGAGAUAUUAUAUGUACAUCUUGUGUGUGAUUUAAAAGAGUUUAAUCUGUUGGUUAUAAUCUUUUGUUCUCAACGGUGGAAUAUAUUUUGUUUUCAUGCAUGUUAAAAGGUGCCUGCCAAAUAAAGAUUCAUUGCACAUACAGAAUGUUAAAUGUGGGAGAAAAUAUGGAGAGGCUCAUGAAAGUAAUAUUAUUUAUGUAAAUUAAGUUUGGGUAGUGUACAUGUAUAUACUGCGGUAACAGAGGAAAGUGUAAAAUUUUAAAUUUACUUGUUGCUUUCUUCCCUUUUAUUCAGCAUUGUACAAGCAUUAUGCCUUCAAUUCAAUUACAUACCUUGAAUAUGCAGCAUUGCUUUCCGUCCCAAUGGCUGAGUGCAAAAAUGAUGAUGCUUGCAUUAGGUAAUGUUUCCAAUGCGUGCGAUUCUUUGAGAUUGAAAUCGGUCUUUUGAUAGGUCAGUAACCUUUGAGGUUUUCAAGACACAAUUGAGUCGCCAUCACUUGAGCAUGAUCAUGUGGCAUGACAGGCAACUGGAUGAAUAUUUUCGUUUUUCCCUGUCAAACUCAUUCAACGUAAAUGCGUUCUUUAUUUUAAAUAGCCAUCAAAAUAAUUUUAAAUAAAUCCUAUGUGGGCCUAAAUUCUGUUAUGAAUACUAAAUUUGUACUAUGUAUGGACAUCUGUCUGGAUGUCUUUCUGAGAUGCCUUUGUGUAAGAAUUUUUUGUUCAUAAAAUUGAGGCAUGUGCAUAGUGUACCCGUGCUUUGUACCUCUUUAAACUUGUUUGUAUUUUAUUUUACGUAAGCCUCAUACUUUCGGAUGCAGUGUGUAAACCGAUCGAAUUUUUACCCUAUGGAUUGAAUAAAGAGUAAUUACUCCUUGAAUAUCUGGUUUGCCUCCCGAAAAAAAAUCAAGUGCGGAUACAAUA